AUGGGGUGCGAAAGAAAAUCACUCAGUUGCAGUUACUUUAAGUGUGUUAUGUCUCGCUUGUGUGCAAAGUUCACUUCCUCCACACUACGAAGGGGUGUGACGACCACAAUACAACACGCACCCACUGGCUUGGUGGCACAUAUUAAAUUCACUCAGAUGUGUGUAACCACACUUUCUGCUCUUUGUUCUCUCUCUCUCUUUUUUUUCCUUUCGUUGAACCACUUUUUGCUCGGUUUUUUUUUGUAUUUCCCUGCGUUUGCUCUUUCCUUUGCCCCUCCCUCCCUCCCUCUGCUUCCCCUCUUAUUGUUCUGCCUCAUAUCAAAUCCGCGACACCUCCGUUACGUGCGUGAGGGGUUGUUUUUGUUUUCUGUUUUGCUCUUUUGUUUCUUUUUCUCUCUUCCCGCUUUCUUUUUUUUUUUGUGUAUUCACACGGGUGCGCCCUCUUGUACCGCAGCCAAACUCAGUUGUUUAUAG